AUGGCGAGUCCCGCUCCCAACCUCUACAGUUUCUCCGACAAUGACGCCCUGGCCCAACAAUUACGGCCCUACGUCCUCCGGUGUCAGAACACGGCCCUGACUCGACACACCAGCUUCCGCGUCGCCGUCUCAGGCGGAUCUCUCCCGACCGUCCUGGCAAAAGCCCUCCUGGCCCCCGGCGACGGAACCCCGGAGGAUACACCGCAGUUCGACAAGUGGGAUGUCUUCUUCGCAGACGAGCGCGCCGUGCCCCUCGACCACGAAGACAGCAACUACCGCCUCCUGAAGGACGAACUGGUGGACAAGAUCCCCUCGCAGCUGGGCAAGCCGCGCGUGCACGCCAUCGACGCCAACCACGUCAACGACGACGACCCGCAGGAGCUGGCCGACUUGUACCAGGAGGAGCUGAUGCACAUAUUCGCCGCCAAGGACAGCGUCAAGCUGCCUGUUUUUGACCUCAUCCUACUGGGCUGCGGCCCCGACGGUCACACCUGCAGCUUGUUCCCCGGCCAUGAGCUGCUGCGCGAGAAGGACGCUUGGGUCGCUGCGGAGUCCAACUCCCCUAAGCCCCCGCCUAAACGCAUCACCUUGACCCUGCCGGUUGUCACCCACGCCAUCCAGAUCGCUUUCGUCGCUACCGGUGCCGGGAAGAAGGAGAUCAUGAAGCAGAUCUUUGACGCUGGGGAGGAUGGAAACCUGCCCGCCGCCUUGGUGAACCAGGGGGCCGGGGACAAGGUCAGCUGGUUUACCGAUCACGCCGCUGUGGAGGGGGAAGAUGAGUCUUUGUCUGAAUGCCGGACGAUCUUCCCCCGUACGCCAAGAACCAGAAGGGUUGGACGCACCACGACAGCCACGGCCACUUCGACAGCGGCAGUCAGCAAAGAAAACGCCCCCAACCGCCCGAAUAAGAGCCUCCUUCCCGUCCGCGAUGAAGUACGUCCCUCGGGCAUCGCACGACCACAGAAGCUGGAGCCAAGCCGGCCUGUCCAGCGGGGUAUCAAGCCCCCCAGCAAGAGCUCGGUGUCUCUUCCACAGCGACAACAAGAGUCGCGACCCCAGUCUUCGUCGUCGGAAUCCACCACCACCGCAGCAGCGCCGGUCGCUCGCCGCCAGAGUCUGGUCCGUCCGAGUCCGCUGAAGAGCAUCAGACCGCUACAGCCACCGACAGCUAGUGCGACUACGACCCCAAAACGGACGACCCCCGCAAUCGGGCCCCCGUCGCCCUCCAAGCAAAAUGCCCGCCCUAUCUCCCCGCGGAAACCUCCCUCAAAGAACGACAUGCUUCCUCCUCCGCGUCCGACACGGUCGGCGUCCCUCCGGCAGCCGGCGAGCUCGAGCGCAGGCGCGGGCGCGGGCGGCCCGACCGCAGCACGGGGCCACGUCCGACACCGCAGUCAGGUGCUGGCGCCGACCUCGAGCCAAACCGCCCGGAAAAUGGAGCCCCCAUCCCCAGCGACAGCAGCGCCGCGUUCGCGGACGCAGUUUUCAACCUAUCAACAGCAUUUCUCCCCCAAGAAGGCCACUCGACCCCCGCCUGCCGCGGCCCCGCCCCCACCGUCUACUUCGGGCCCUCCUCUCGAUGCCUCGCUGAUUCUUCCGUCGUCUGCGCCGGAGCUGACGACGCUCCAAACGGAGCUACUCCAGCUGAAUCUCUUCCACCUGUGCUCGACGCGCCAGGACGCAGAGUGGAAAGCCGACGCAGAGACGCAACUCCGGAGCAAAUACGACGCGGUCGCGAAGAGCUAUCGAGUAAUCGUGGGACAAGAGAAGGACCACCAGCGGCAGAUCAACGGACAGGCCCUCCAGCACUGGGUGCAGAACUGCCAGGAACACAAUGGGCACCAAGGGUUCGCAGAGCAGAUCCAGGUCCUGUCGCAGGUUGCGCAGGAGGUGUGCGAUUUGACGGAGGGUCCGGGCAGCCGAUACCCGCGCAUCGUGCAGGACUUCGAGGAGUGGUUUUUACAAGCGGAUGAGAUCCAGGACUACCGGGCCCACCCGCCGCAGUCGGGUGAUCCUGCUCCGACGGCGGUAUUCAUCGACCCGCUGGACGGCGCAUGGAAGGAGUCCGCUCAGGCGCUGGAGUUGAAGCUGGAGCACUGCCUGCGACAACUACAGAGCCUCGAUAUCCUCGGGUAUCAAGAGAUGGAAGAUCGAUUGGAGCAGUCGGCGCUGGUGCGGACGGCCCGACGGCUGGACGAGAUGAUCGCGAUGAUGGUGGAGGAGCUCGCUGUGAUCCGUCGGAUUGAAAGCGACGUCGUCAAAUCGGAGCGUCGGUGGGUGAGUGAGCUGGCGCAACAGUUGACUACUGCGCCGACACCGCCGACCGAACGAGGGCCGAGAUGCGGGGUGUGGAGUCGAGCGUAUUGA